AUGACGUCUCAAAUUCUCCCGUUAGAGCUUGUCGACAAGUGCGUCGGUUCCAAGAUAUGGGUGGUCAUGAAGAGCGAGAAAGAGUUCAGUGGCACAUUAGUCGGCUUCGAUGACUACGUUAAUAUGGUCCUGGAGGACGUCACAGAAUACGAUGCUGGGGAACAAAUUAAGUUGAAGAAGAUCCUGCUGAACGGGAACAACAUUUGCAUGUUAAUACCUGGCGGGUUCGGGCAAGAAGGAGCAUGA